AUGUCCCGCAAGGCAGAGCCGAACCCCAAUGCGGGGUUCCCCUUAAUGGCGGCGACCGAGAUCCGAAACUGCAUGGAAGCACUCGGCAUCACGGUACACCCCGACGACCUGACCAAGCCGACCGCGGCCUCUACACACGCCAUCUGGGCCGCCCUCAUUGACGAGUUAAUGGGCAUCUCAACUGACAUGUUGGAAGAGCCGAAAGCUGCAGUUGCGGAAGGCAUGCCCCAUCCCGAAUUGUACUUGGAGACGCUGGGGACGAUCAUGUUCUUCAGUCACUGCAAACGCCUUGCAGACCUAUGCCGUGUCCAGGACUUUAACCUGUCCGACCUGAUCCGUCCGGACCCACUGCGCCUGCGCCGGGUGCUGAGUGGUGUGAUGAACUUUGCAAAGUUCCGCGAGGAGCGUAGUCCGUUCCAACAGAUGUUGGCUGAGCGGCUACAUAGCGAGCAGACGCGUGCAGAAGAGAUGCGGCGCAAGCUCGACCACCUCAACGCUGAAGUUGCCGAGAUCAAGGCGAAGCGAGAAGAGGACGCACCGCGGGUCGCUGCGGCCCGCGCACGCAACGAGGAGCUACGCCAACAGCUCCUGAAGCUCGGCACGACGCAGCGCACAGUCUCGGCCGAGGUGGAGAAGUUGAAGCAGGAGCGCUUCGCUCUGAGCCAGGAACAUCGGAGCCGGGCGGAGGAGCUGCACGGCCUCGAGCAGAGUGUGGCAGACAUGCAGAUGAAACUCAUGCGCUCGCCGGAUCGCGUGCGCCGAGGGAUUGCAGACAAGGAACGGCAGCUGGCGGAGCAGCGCGCGAUCAAGAAUCAGCUCGAUGCGGACCUGCGUGCCGGUGAGCUGCGCCUGCGUGUGUUCGCCGAGAUUGAGGAGGGCGUGAUCGCGCUCAACCGCGUGCAGAACGAGAUUAUCGCGUACCGCGAACAAGCGGCCGAGAAGCGGCGCGCCAACGCCGAGCGACGCGACGAAAUCCGUGCCCUUGAGAACCAGCUGCAUGUGUAUGAGCGCGAGGCAGCCAACCUCGUCCGCAAGCUACAGGAUGUGACGGAGCGGUUUGACAAGCUCGCUGAGGACCGGGUGCGUGAGCGCGAACGAUUCGAGGCGCGCGAACGCGAACUCAGCCAACAACGCGCGGCAUUGGAGGCUGAGCGCAUGGCCGAGAGCGAGGAGGCGUCGCGCUUAGAGCGCGAAGCCCACGAGUGGGAGGUCAAGACGGCCGAGUUUGCGCGUGACCGCGAACGACACCACACGGAGUUGGUUAAGGAGUGGAAGAUGCUUGAGGCUCACAUGACGGACUACAUGGCGGCCAUGACGCAGAAGCUUGGGCUCGAGCUCAAUGUCGAGCUUUAG